AAGCUACAAACAAGGCCUUGUGGAGUUGUUAACAUUUUCGCUAGUGAGAGAAGACUCUCUCUCUCUCUGCCCUCAAAAACCCCCCUUGUUAGCGUUUUCUGCAAUCUAUCUUGGAACGCAAUGGCAAACAGUAAUCUUCCUCGAAGAAUCAUCAAGGAAACUCAACGGCUUCUCAGUGAACCAGCACCGGGGAUUAGUGCUUCACCCUCUGAAGACAACAUGCGAUACUUCAAUGUGAUGAUUCUUGGUCCAACACAAUCACCAUAUGAAGGAGGAGUUUUCAAGUUGGAAUUAUUCUUGACAGAAGAAUACCCAAUGGCAGCUCCAAAGGUUCGAUUUCUUACAAAAAUAUACCAUCCUAACAUUGAUAAGCUUGGGAGGAUAUGCCUAGAUAUUCUGAAAGACAAAUGGAGUCCUGCUCUCCAGAUUCGAACUGUACUUUUGAGCAUCCAAGCACUUCUUAGUGCUCCAAAUCCUGAUGAUCCGCUUUCUGAAAAUAUUGCUAAGCAUUGGAAGUCAAAUGAGGCUGAAGCGGUUGAAACAGCUAAGGAAUGGACUCGGUUGUACGCAAGUGGUGCCUGAUGCGAUCAUUGGAAACUUGCCUUCAAAUAACAUUUACUGCAAUGUGGUGAUUGAAUGUUGAUUUUGGACAGAGAAUUGGAAGAAUUGAUCUCUCUCUGAAUGGUUAUUGAUUUUUAUUGUUCCCAAAAAGUUUCCAGAUACUAGUACCUGUUAAAUGUUUUCUUUUGGAGGCCUCGUCUUUGACAUGUAUGAUAAAUACAUUGUUCAUCCUUUACUCAAAUGCAUAACUUGCAGACUAAUCCCAGUCAAUGUAGAACUGAGUUCUGUUAAUCAUUCGACAUCUGAAUGUGGAUAUUAUAUGCGGAUGGUUGUUUAGGCUGGGAAAUA